AUGCAUCGUGCUGUUUUCGCCGCUUCGACGGUACUUUCCGCCGUCAUCGCGCUCACACCGUCGAACGCAUUCGCACAGUCGGAUGCCCCGGCCGACGCCGCGCCCGCACCGGUCCUCGACCGCACCGUCCUCCCCAUCGCGGACCCUGUCCGCCCCAGCUACACGGAGCUCGACGUCCGCGACACCACGCCCCCCAAGCACUUCGAGGUCACCGCGCCGAAAGACGCGCCCAACGUCGUCAUCAUCCUCAUCGACGACCUCGGCUUCGGCGCCACCUCCACCUUCGGCGGCCCCAUCCCCACGCCCAACUUCGACCGCAUGGCGAACAACGGCCUCCGAUACAACAACUUCCACACCACCUCUCUCUGCUCGCCCAGCCGCGUCGCCAUCAAGUGCGGACGCAACCACCACAUGGCCAACACCGGCUCCAUCAUGGAGACCGCCACCGCCUACCCCGGCAACACCGGCGCCAUCCCCAACCGGAUCGCUCCGCUCGCCGAGAUGCUCCGCCUCAACGGUUUCAGCACCGCCGCGUUCGGCAAGUGGCACGAGACCGCCCCCUGGGAGACCAGCGUCUCCGGCCCCUUCGACCGCUGGCCCACCCGCCAGGGCUUCGACAAGUUCUACGGCUUCAUCGGCGGCGAGACCGACCAGUGGGCCCCGCUCAUCUACGACGGCGUCCGCAAGGUCAACCCCCCGCAACGCGACGGCUACCACUUCACCGAAGACAUGACCGAUCAGGCCGUCAACUGGGUCAAGGCCCAGCAAUCCAUGACGCCCGACAAGCCAUUCUUCGUCUACUUCGCCACCGGCGCCACCCACGCCCCGCACCACGUCCCCAAGGACUGGAUCGAAAAGUUCCACGGGCAGUUCGACGCCGGCUGGGACGCCAUCCGCGAGCAGACCUACGAACGCCAGAAGAAGCUGGGCGUCAUCCCCGCCAACACGCAGCUCCCCCCGCGCCCCGAAGACCUCGCCGGCUGGGACGCGCUCGAUGAGAACUCGAAGAAGCUCUUCCGCCGCCAGGCCGAGGUCUUCGGCGCCUUCGUCGCCCACACCGACCACCACAUCGGCCGCCUCAUCGACGCCGUCGACGAGAUCGGCGAGCUCGACAACACCCUCAUCUUCUACAUCGCCGGCGACAACGGCACCUCCGCCGAGGGCGGCAUGGUCGGCAUGUACAACGAGAUGACCUACUUCAACGGCGUCCAGGAGACCGUCGAAGAGCUCCUCCCCCUCAUCGAUUCCUGGGGCAGCAAGUCCACCUUCCCCCACAUGGCCGCCGCCUGGGCCGUCGCCUUCGACUCCCCCUUCAAGUGGACCAAGCAGGUCGCCUCCGACUUCGGCGGCACCCGCAACGGCAUGGUCAUCCACUGGCCCGACGGCAUCAAGAACACCGGCGGCAUGCGCACCCAGUUCUCCCACGUCAUCGACAUCGCGCCCACCAUCCUCGAGGCCUGCGGCCUGCCCGAGCCCGUCAUGGUCAACGGCGUCCAGCAGAUCCCCAUCCAGGGCACCGCGCUCAACUACACCUUCGAGCACCCCGACGCGAGCGAGCGCCACACCACCCAGUACUUCGAGAUGUUCGGCAACCGCGCCAUCUACCAGGACGGCUGGUUCGCCCGCACCAUCCACCGCGCCCCGUGGAAGGUCGACAAUCUCCCGCCGCUGGAAGACGACGUCUGGGAGCUCUACAACGCCAAGGAAGACUUCUCCCUCGCGAACGACCUCGCCAAGCAGCACCCCGAGAAGCUCGCGGCGCUCAAGGAGGUCUUUAUGGAAGAAGCGACGAAGAACCACGUCUUCCCCAUCGACGACCGCACCAUCGACCGCGCCAACCCCGCCCUCGCCGGCCGGCCGGACCUCAUGGGCGGCCGCACCUCCCUCACCCUCUACCCCGGCAUGCAGGGCAUGCUCGAGAACACCUUCAUCAACAUCAAGAACACCUCCUUCACCGUCAAAGCCGAGAUCGAAGUCCCCGAGGGCGGCGCCGCCGGCGCACUCCUCGUCCAGGGCGGACGCUUCGGCGGCUGGUCCCUCCACCUCCGCGAGGGCAAGCCCGCCUUCGAGUACAACUGGCUCGGCCUCGACCGAUACGUCAUCGAAGCCCCGGACGCCCUCAAGCCGGGCAAGCACACCGUCACGUUCGAGUUCGACUACGACGGCGGCGGCCUCGGCAAGGGCGGCGACGGCGAGCUCUCCGUCAACGGCAAAACCGCCGCCAAGGGCCGCAUCGACAAAACCCAGCCCAACAUCUUCUCCGCCGACGAAACCGCCGACGUCGGCCUCGACAACCAGACCCCCGUCGCCAAGGGCAUCGGCUACGGCCCCCACGAAACCACCUUCACCGGCAAAAUCCACCGCAUCACGGUGAGCGUGAAGGAGUAA